GGAGGGAAGGAGGAAAAGACUGGUUGAUUGCUUAGGAGUUGGAGAAAGUCUUGUGUUUGCCAGACCAGCACUCAGAGUGGAGCAGCAAAUAUGUGUGAGUUAUGUUCCUUGUCAGGACCAUUUGUCAACUGCAUGGGAAGCCUCUCUCGGGUUGCUUGGCAUUAAGUCCAUUUUGGAUGCCGGAUGUGAGCAGAUGGAAUUGUACUGAGGCACUGCCACUUGACGUACUGGGAUAGAGGCUGCAGAGAGCAGGCUAUUGUUGCAGAGGAUUCUGAAUUAUCCCCUUGGAGAAGCAAUGUCUCGCUUACUCCCAGCAGCAGCCUCUGGGAGUUGGAAGUUAAACGAUUUGAACUUGGAUUUUUGACAGGAUUCUGGAGAGUGAAAUGCCCUUGUCUGGGGCUGGAACUGAGGAUUUGCUUUAGGAAUGGCAGAGUUAACCUGUUGGCUGAUCGCACUCCUGGCUUUCAACCAAAUUCAUUGAAAACCAACCUGACCCCAGCAUGAUGAAAAUAUCUCAGGGCAUGAUUGGCACCCCUUGGUACCAGUCCUACCAUUCUAGUUCAUCAACAAGUGAUCUCUCUGGCUAUGAUCAUGUCUAUCUGAGGAGAAGCCCUGACCAGUACAGCUCAAGGGGUAGCAUGGAGAGCUUGGACCAUACCCCCUCUGGAUAUCACCCUGACCACCUCUCACCAGCCAAAUCGAUCAGUAGCACUGACCAGCUCUCCCACCUCCACUGCAAAAGGGACUCUGCCUACAGCUCCUUCUCUACCAGCUCCAGCAUCCCUGAGUAUGCAGCACCUUCCUUCUUCAAGGAGCGCUCCUGCUCUGUUGACAAUGUACAUUCCCAAGGUAGCCAGCAGGAGGGAAUGAGGCAGGCUGACAUCAGGUACAUCAAGACUGUCUAUGACACCCAGCUAGGGGUCUCUCAGGAGUAUGAGGUGAAGUCUUCUGCACUGCUUCCAAUCUGCAAAGCCCAGGCACAGACAGAAGGCCGUAGCUACAGCAAGCUGCAUGGCUAUGGCCGAAGCAGUGGGGUCCCCUUCUUGAGCCAGCAAAGCCAGAGCUUCUCUGACAGCGAGAGCCAUCACUUGAAGGACCCCCCCCUACCACCCACUCGUAGUGACAGCUAUGCAGCAAUAAGGCACCACGAGAGGCCUGGUUCCUGGUCUACCCUUGAUCAAAGUAAGCCUUGUCAUACUCAGCCGAAAGGGGCUUGGCCUCCAUCUGUCUCUCAGGGGCAAGGGCAGCCACUGAAGCCCAUGUUUGUGGAAGGACAUCUGCACACUGUGGUAGAAAAAAGCCCUGAGAGCAGCCCCACAGUGAAGCCCAAGCAGAGCUACACACUAGCUGUCCAGCCUGGGCAGCCUCUGCUUCCUACUGGCAUCUACCUGGUACCUUCACCUGAGCCACACUUUGCCGAGGUGCCUCUGCCAUCUGCAAGCAAUAACGGGAUGCUUUAUCCAGCUCUGGCCAAAGAGAGUGGAUAUGCUCCUCCUCUACCCAUCUUGCAUAAAAAAGUCAUGGUCCACAGCCAUGCCAGCUUUGAUGAGAAUGGGAACCAAAGCAUUGCAAAUAGAUCUGCUGCCUUCCGUCAGUCAGACCAUGUGCCUCCUGCUGCAGAGAAAAAGCAGGAAGCAACAAAAUUUGUUCAGAGCAAACCUCACAGUAUGGCCAUUCCUCAAGUCUACUCAUCCUCUCCAAGAAAGGAUGACCCAGGUUCCCCUUCUAUGAUAUCACAUGGCAUCCAAGAAAGCACAAGCCAUGUACAGUGCUCAAGCUAUAAUUUGCAAUUGCUACAGGCCCACCUGAGAGAUACCAGUGACAGAAAAGCCCUUUACCAACCCAAGGAGUACUGGGUGACUGAGUCCCAGGACAUAAAUGCCAACCUGCAGAAAAAUGAGAGGGAUGCUGCAACCCACAACCAGUGGAACUACAGCCAGACCAAGUAUCAUGGCUCCCUAUCCUCACAAAAUAUCCCAGAGAAUUCCUGGAGGCAAAACAGCUGGGAGCUAAAGGAGACCCAGCAAUGUGAGGGUUAUUCUGAUACCAAACUCUCCUGGAAAAACAGCAAAAAGGAGAAAAAGAAUCACAGAGGGCUAAUGACUGACCAAUGGAAUGACUCAGACAAACAGGCCAUUACAAGGCAAGAGAAUGAAAUUUCCAGUGCAGCCCCCUUCCACAAUGCUGAGCCAAAGUACAAGGAGCCGCCUUCUCCUCUGUACCCAAAGACCUGUGAUGUCAGCAGAAGCUGUAUGAGCAGCACCCAAAGCUUUCAGUAUGGGACACCAGAUACCAGCAAUGCCCAUUGCUCUGUUCUGGAGACGGUCAGCAAGUUUGAGCAACGUAGACAAAAGAGUCACAGGUCCCAAAGCUUAGGCCUGCCUAGAUUUGGCCAUAAUUAUGGGCCAAACAGGCACAUUCCAUCAUCCAGCACUAGGUACUCUCUUAACAGCAUUGAAGACAUACAUAAUAAGUUUAAUACGCAAGAGCAUGGGCAGCCAUCUAAUGAACAGAGCAAGAUUUCCUGCCAGCAGCACGCACGUAGGAGUGGAGACAGGACACCUGAAGAGGCAAAUUUGCAACCUGUGGAGCAAAUGGUGACAGAGGUGAAGCAGCUGAGGCAGAGUGAGUGCUACAGCCUGUAUCCCGAGGACAAGACUCAGAAAUGGGCAACUCGGCUAACCAGGAGCAAAAGCACAUUCCAGCUGCCAGAUGAACCUAAAAAAGAAAUCGUUUGGCAGGAAAACAUCCAAGACACCCAUGGUUCACAACUGGAUACCCUGUUCAAUAGGGCCUACAGAAACAGUAUCAAAGAUGCUCAGUCUAAGGUCCUGAGAGCCACAUCUUUUAGGCGUAUCACCCCCCCCUUUGGGAUCAAGCCCAAGAAGACUGUUCAGAGGCCAGCCUCAGCCCAGACUGGAUUAAGGACCACCACAACAUCCCCUCAUACCCCCAAGGAGAGGCACAGCGUCACUCCCACAGAGACGAGCAUCACCAUUGUGCGCUACACCCACAAAGAGAACCAUGCUGGGCGUCAGCCCCUGUCCCGUAUUGGAGGCAGAAAGCGGUUGACAGCUGAGCAGAAGAGAUCCUACUCUGAGCCAGAGAAAAUGAAUGAAGUGGGUGUCUCAGACAGUGAGUCCUUGCCGUUUUCCCUCCAGAAAAAAUGCCUUCGUUUCAUCUUCCCAAAAAAUACAGUGGCUGAUCGAUGCAAAAUUUUUGAGAGAGAGAAUAAGGUUAGCUCCACCAUAAACCUCUCCAGACCAGAGCUCAAACAGCUCCAACAGAAUGCUCUGGUGGAAUACAUUGAACGCAAGACUGGGAAGCGGACUUCUUCUCAGGAUGUGGGACUCCUGAGAGAGCACUCGCAAAGCUUAUUCCUUCAGGCUGGUGGCCCAGACAGCCAGAGCCUCUCCUCUGCAUCCAGCAUGAAUUCCCUCCAGGAUCAGAGCCUUUAUCACCAGAGGGAGUCACUUGAGGGGGUCUCUAGAAUUGGCCAGGUUUCUGCCACCCUUCCUCCUGGGCUUAUGGGUUGUUUUGAUCUGAACGGGUUUGAGCAAAAGAAGGGGCCCUAUAAGAGCAGCAGCAGUUCCUUUCCAAGGCAGUUUCAAAGGGACAGAUCCCGAGAUUACAGAGGGAAAACAGAGCUCAGCAAAGGCACCCAGACAGACCAGCAAGAUAUACACAGCUCACCCCGCUAUGUGAAGCAGGAGCGGGACUUUGAAAUGCCCUCACCAGCCAUGAAAUCUGGGAAAUCUGUGUCUGCAGAAGACUUGCUCAGUAGGUCUGAUAACCACACCGUUGCUGUGCAUGUGCGCUCCAGGUCUUCUCCCACGGCAGAUAAGAAACAACAGGACUUUCUGGUAUGGGAAAGCAGUGAAUUUGGCCAUGAGGUGGAAGAUCCUCUCUAUGUGGUCAGUGCAGGAGCCAGGUCAUCAAGCAAUAAAGAAAGAAGCCAUCUGGAAAAGCCAACAUUCACACGUUAUUACACCCACCCACCCCACGACAAUGAGGUCAUCACCAAUUCAUCUGCUCUGGCUGAGACCCACAAGGCUGAAGAACUCUCUAGGCAUGCUAGUCAGGCUUCAGCAUUUGUCUUCUCACCAACAGAAGCAAAGAGUCACGUUUCUGAGCAAAAGGUGGCUCCUAGAUCCUUGCUCCUUAACUUUACUCCAAUUGAAUCUAGUCAUUCCUCAUUCAACAAUGCUCGUUCCACCCAGACUCCCUCAGACCUGAAGUCUUCUGGAGACUGCCAGGCACUGAGAUGGCAUGCCAAACCAGAGGCUGUUUUCUCAGAGGGAAGUGAUGAUCUUCAGUCACAGCUCCUGGACAUUGAGACUAGCUCCCCUGAGAGCUCAGCAGAAGAAGGGAUGUGGAGAGAGAAGGCCGUGCUGGUUCAGAGAUCCGUCCCAUCAAACGUUCAGUGGGCUCAUUCAGUCGGAGAUAGCAGCUUUUCAAAGGAUUCUGCCUCUUCUCAAGUUUCUGGGCAGAAGUUCUUUCAGAGAUGGCAGAGCCUACCAACCCAAAGCAGCACUUCCAGUCCCAAGACUCCUCCUCCCCAUGCGAACAUCUCUCUACGGAUCUCUGAGUCAUGCCUUCAGCUUGCUCUGCCACCAGUGCAGCAGGAAGAUGACAAUGAUGAGGUGUUUAUCAAGGAAUCAGAGCUUGGUGUUGCAGGGGCCACAGUUAAAUGCUUCCCCACUCCACUGCCACCACCUCUUCUUCCUGAGCCAAACCCCAAUGUUUCUGCAAGGAGCUGGGAGGAAUUGCCACCUCCUCCUCUUCCGUCAGCUUCAUUUGAGGCAGGUGGAGAAGAAGGAAGCACAACCACAAGGACUGCAGAGGAGGCCAAAAUGAGUAACUUUUGCAGGUUUCCCAAGAGUCUGGCUGAGAAGAGGAAGCCAGGGAUGAGCACCAUUUUCAGUGAAAACAGCUGGACUUCAUCACCUGUUGGAAACAUUGGGUCUAAGAGAACUGGCUCUUCACCUGCCUUGAACACUCAACACCAGUCACCUGCCACUCAUGGAGGAUUUCUAAACUCUGAUAAGCAGCCUACAGCGCAACUCAAAGGCAACCUGAAGGAGCCAGCUAUCUUGAGUACAGAUGUGGAAAAUGGUGGCUUUAGUGGUGGGAUACACAGCUCAGCUGGUCAAGUAAAGAUGGAGAAGACCCCAGAGGAUAUUAAAUCAGAGGCGCUAGCCAAAGAGAUCGUCAACAAGGAUAAGUCAUUGGCUGAUAUCUUGGAUCCAGACUCCAAAAUGAAGACAACCAUGGAUCUAAUGGAAGGGAUUUUUCCCAGUGCAACCAGAUUGCUAAAAGAGAACAAUAUGCAAAGAAAAGUGAUGCAAAAGCAAGCCAGCCAGAUGGUGUCUGAGGAGGACAGGAAAGAAGAAAAGGAACCUGCUGUAACAAUGGUCACCUGUCCUGCCUACUACAGUGUGUCAGCAUCCAAGGCAGAGCUGCUGAAUAAAAUCAAAGACUUGCCAGCAGAUGCAGAUGAGGAAAAGGAACAGCUGGAAAUUAAUGAGAAGAAGGCUGAGCUCAUUGGGAGCUUGUCCCACAAGCUGGAGAUCUUGAAGAAUGCUAAGGAGAGCCUGCUAGCAGACACUAAGAUGAAUAAUAUGCUGGGAGAGGAAGUGGAGCUGUUGAUCAGCAACCUAUGCAAGCCCAAUGAGUUUGACAAAUACAAGAUGUUCAUAGGAGACCUGGAUAAGGUGGUGAACCUACUGCUUUCCCUCUCGGGAAGGCUGGCUCGUGUAGAGAACAUCCUGAGCAGCCUAGAUGAAGAUGGCAAUACUGAGGAAUGGAGCUCUCUGAAUGAAAAGAAGAAGCUGCUGGCUGGCCAGCGUGAGGACGCCCGAGAGCUGAAGGAAAACCUAGACCGGCGAGAACGUGUGGUCUUGGAAAUCCUGGGCAAUUACCUCUCCGAGGAGCAGCUUGAGGACUAUCAACACUUUGUGAAGAUGAAGUCUGCGCUUCUCAUAAAGCAACGGGAGCUGGAUGACAAAAUCAAACUGGGUCAGGAGCAGCUCAGGUGCCUGAUGGAAAGCCUUCCUACAAACUUUAUCCCCAAGGACACAAGAGCAGCAGCAGUCCUAGCUUCAGCAGUCACUAUACCCACAGGGUAUACCCACAGGGGUCAUCUAUAGUAUACCUCUACCAUCAACUUCUUCACUUUAACCUUUCCCAGGCAAGCCUGGGGUAAACCCCUUCUACUUGAGUUUAUUUAAUCAGUCUACUUUACAGAUGGCUCUCAAUAAUUAAAACAAAUGGCUAUAGGUUUAAAAGAAUUUAAGGAAGGAUUUUUUUUUUCAUUUUUCUUCUUCUGCUACCACCCUCAAAGACCAGUUUGAACAUUUAAAUCAGCCUGGCUCACAAUAGAAGGAAAAGAACAAUUCCUCUUACUUCAAGGUAUAAGGAAGAGACAUUUGUUUUUAAGUGGGCUAGCUCAUCAUGAACCAACACACUGUCUUCCAUAACAUGGCAUGGUCCUCUCUGCUGCAACCACCCCACAGUUAGAGUGAGGCACCAUCAUUAAAUAAGGAAGGAUCUGAAAGUAGGAAGCCUUAAAAAAUAAAAAUACCCACCCAUACUCCUGAACAUUAUUGAUAUUUAUAUUUUUUUUAAAAAGACAGAAUGUGUAAGCUUUUGUACAUAUUCUAAUCAAUUGCUUGAUUCAGUUGUGUUCUGUACCUAGAAAACACAUUUAAUUUUGUAUACUGUGAAAAAGUUAGCAAGACUGAACCCCAAAGAUAGUCACACACUAGCUUGGAACAUCUUUUUAUGGUGUUUUUAAAAUACAAUAAAGGGCUGCCAGAAAAAAUUUCAAUCUGUCUCAACCUGUGCUAAUGUAAGUGUCCUUGCAAAGGAGACUUUGGCCAACAAGAGUAAAAUCUAUCCUCUCCCAGAUGCUGGGACACAAUGUAUCCCAAACUUAAACAAGCUCUUGUGUGAACCAGGCAACUCAGGCAUCAAAGUUCAGAUAAAGUUAAGAUUCUCUUUUGGUUCUAGACUCACUAUUUUUUAACUAAUCAAAGGCAUGAUCAAUGCUUAUGAUACAAUCUGAAGGUUCUGUAGUGAGAUGUGUGAGGGAGUCUUUAAAGGACAUUAUCUGUACAUUACUUUUUCUAAAGAGUUGAAGGACAUUCCAGGAUUUUUUUUAAAUAUAGGGAUACUUUGUUUGUCCAAACCCACCUUAUCUGAAACCCCUCAUUGCCUUUAAAUGUGUAACGUUAACCAAUCUGCAUUAAAGUCCUCUGCCUACUCAAAAAAGUUCAUUUCUCCAUAAAAAUAUAGUGUCCCUUGUCCUGGUUAAAUAAAUAAGGUUUUGCUGUUUUAUUGUGGGUCUGAA